AUGGAGGAGGCGGCGGUGAAGAAACGGCCGUUAAUCUCUGCUAAAGAGAGAGGACCUGGCCCAGGAUGCUACGCUCUGCCUCCGACUGUGGGUUACAUUAAGCACGACGUCACCAAGCCCACUAGUCCCGCAUACUCCUUCCGCACCCGUAUGAGCAGCACUAUGAUCUCCGUGGACUCCAGCCCAGGACCGAGAUACCACGUCGGCGCUAAUGUGACGCGCUUUGGCCGAAUGAACACGCCCUCUUAUUCCAUGCUGGGCCGAGGGAAGCGCAUUGUUAGCAAAGGUGACAAGUUCCAGACUCCUGGACCGGGGGCCUACAGUCCAGAGAAGGCUCCUCCUCUCAACGCUCAGCAUCGAUCACCAGCCUACACCAUUGGAACCCGCACCCGUUACCGCUCCGUGGAUGCAGUACCAGCACCAAACAGCUAUGUGCUUCCCAAGCUGCUGGGCAAUCAGGUCCCCAACAAGCCAUCCGGAGUCAGCUACAGUAUGUCAGCCCGCCGAAUGCCAGGCGGCCCCUCGGAGGACUUGGCCCAGAGCCCCGGCCCUGGCAGGUACAACAGCACCGACCCGGACGUUUAUCUGCAAAGGCAGCCCUCCUUCUCCAUGCAGAGCCGGACCAAAAGGCUCACCUACCCCUCGACCACCCCGGGCCCAGGUACUUAUCGCCCAGAGGGGUCUGGGGCCCACCUCCGCAGGGCACCGUCCUUCACCAUGGGAGUCCGCCAUUCAGAGUUUGUCACGCCGCUUGUGUUGGACUUUGUACACUGA